CUGUUUACCGUGUUGCAGACCAGUAUGCACAUCUACUGAGGUUUGAAUGUGAUAGAUUGUUUGACGUGAAUGAGUACCUUGAACCUUUAUCACCAUGAAAAACUGGAAAGGUGAAAUGUAAUUGAUGAAGAUAUUUUCGAGACCGGUAUAUUGGAUCAUAGAAUAGUAUGUUACACUGACCACAGGAAUAAUGAAUUUCAGCAUGAACCGCGAAUAUCGAAACUGAACUCAAUAUUCAUUGGAAGUUAUUGGUUAUCGUAGAUGUUUUUGCAUCCAAAUUUAGAAAAUGACAUCCACAUGGAAUAAUUUAUUACCCAGACGUAUUUGUGUUCCGCGCAAGAGUCCAACAGGCAACUUACCACCCAAACGACAUUCUUCUAGCCGUCUGACAACUACUUCAGGGGUACAGAAAAUCUCAAAGCUUUAUGAAGAUCAAAACUGCAUAAAUAUUUCACCUCCAUCAUCUCCGGAGCAAGACGACCCUUUUCCGUUAGACUCUGAGUUACAGCAGCUUCAAAAUUUGAGAUCUGGCCACUGUUCGUCAUCAGUUGUAUCACAAAAUGAGGCUGGCACUAUUUGUGAAAGUUCCCAGCCAAAUUAUGUGACAGAACUACGGAAUACAGACGAACAAACAAAUCUCGAUUCAAGUUUUGAGUCUUUAUGCUAUCUAACUGAAUUACAACGAGACUGUGCAGAGGUCCCAUAUACAAGUCUGUGCGUCAAGUCUCUUCCUCGUCGAGUUCCACCGAACAGCAUACUGCGCAAGCUACAUCACUUACUCAAAAGGAAGUCUUCAGAACGCUGUGUUUGGUUGCAUCAACGGUCUACACAGAGGACUCAAGUCUCUUUUAAUCAUGUCUCAAAAGCGUUCCAGAUUCUGAAAGUAUUUCGUAGUCCAAAUGGUUUAUCGGGAUUGAUAGCAUUCGGAGUGCGUGAAAUUACUUCCAACUUAGAAGCUAAGAUAGAAAAUCAAGGUGAGGAGCGAAAGGAUGAAUCAAACUGCUUUGGUGUUCUGCUCUUACCUACCUCUGGCAUCCCUUCAGGUAUGGAGGCGGUAUUUUCAUCCACAACCAGAAACCCGUUUCUGGGUGACGGUUUAAAGUGUGGGGACUGUGUCUCCGUAUUCGACCCAUGGUCGACAUAUCAUUCUCAUGAAUUUGAUAAUUUACCUGUGAUGCAUUCUUUUUUCUGGGUCGAACGGAUAAAAUCGGAAGCUCUGGUCGGUAAUAAUUUCCCUGAUUUUCACACAAACUUCAUGAAGCCUCAGCUAAUAACAUGUCCGUGUUUAUCCUCAUGCGAUCCACAUACUGUACUCAACUGUCCCAAUCGUUUUAGAGGAUUAUUAAAACGAAAUCUGUUAGUUAUUUCAGAAUUUGAAGACUCUUCUCAGGAUGUAUCCGCAACACUUUUCGACAGAAAAUGCUGUUUAGUCCUUGGUUGUCAUCGGUUUUGGCUUCUAAACAAGUUAAGAUAUAUUUUGUUAGUUUGGCAUUUUGGUGGAUAUCCUGGAUUAAUUCUUUUGCCAAAUCGCGAAGAUUUUACCGGAAAUUUUGAAAAAUGUGAUAUUACUUAUCAGGAUUUCAGGUUUGGAUACGUAUAUUCAACCGAAGCGCUGUUACAACUGCCUAGUGAACAGUUGCCAGAAGUUGUACACAAGGAAAUAAUUAAUCGUCUUAAUGAAAUCGAAAAUUACCUGGAUAAGAAAUCUGCCAACAAUUUAAAGAGCUUCAUUCGUGGUUCUACAGCACACAACAAUGACAUUACUGAUGGAUUAUUUUUUGGAAGUACUGAAUGUAAUAUAAAUUUUUGGGAAGCUCGUGCAUCUCAUUUCAGCUUAAUAGAAUCUAAUUACAUCAAUCUGAACUUGUCCAUUUCAUACAAAAUUAACCUUGCUGACUGUACACGGUGUUCCAUAAGUGGUUCUCUGCUAAUUGAGCCUCCAGAAGGUUCUUUAUCUAAAGAUAUUAUUUUGGAUUGCUUUAACACUGAAUGUAAAAAACUACAAUUAUCUUCAAAGCAUAAUAUGAUACUUGAAGAAUGUCUUGCCGAUAUUCAGAAAGUUGCACGCGUAUUCUAUUUAUGGCUUUCUGAAUCUAUUACACCUGUAUUACUUCCAUGCAUUUGUCUAGUUGACAUUGUUUCCCCUAUGGAAUUGAUAUAUGAAAAGAUGUUUACUAUGUCUGCAGUAGUACAUCAAUCUUCUGGCUUUGGUGUUUAUAUGAGUAUUGAUCAAGCUAUAGUUUUUGGCAGUUUCAUUGUUCUGGAUCGUUUCGCUUCACUUACGAUUGAAGACUACACUCAACAUGUACUAAAACAUAGCUUAAGAAGUUCCCUUUGCAAACAAAUUUAUACCCAUUCAAUUAUUUUACAGUCGUCAAAAGAUCUAAACACGUUACGUGUCCAUCAAAUGGUUUUUUUCUCUGGUACUCUAAUUCGUGUAGAUACAAGUCGGUCACAUGUAUGGCCUACUUGUCCGUACUGUGCAUGCGCCAAUUUCGAAAUUCGCUCUAACAUGAAUGAUAAAAUCGCUAUGAAAAGUGAGAGUUUAAAGUGUAUCCGAUGUUCUGCGCUUUUGUCCAAUCCUCUCCAACAACUGGAGAUAGAAGUACAAGUCUUAAUUGAUGGGGAAAAUAAUUACAAACCUAUGAGAAGAGUAAAAGAGGAUAAUUCACCAACUGAGAUAACCUUAAACAUGGCACCUUGGAGACUUUGCAAGUUGCUCAACGUAACUCAAUCCAACUUGUUAACGGAAACUGGUCUCAAUCCAAAGGAUUUAAUAAAUCGACGUUUAGAUGAUGUUUGCGCAAUUGUUGUUCAUAUUCCUAACAAAUUGACUGUUGACGACGACUGUGUACGGAAACGUAACAUGCAUUUGAAGAAUCUGUACGCUAUCGAGUUAGAUCAAAUUAACAUUAACAGGAAGUGUAACGUGUAA